AUUGAAUAUACAGACUGCUUAAAAACCCAUUAUUUAACAAACUUAACAAACGUGAAAUUGUUAGUUAGCAAGGGGUUAGUAUUGACUGCAGUUUCCAUCUUCACACCCCCCCCACCAAGUGGGUGGCCACCACAUGUAAAUUCUCAACUUGUGGGAAACAUAGCAACCAAGGAAAUUUGUAAUUAGUUUUCUCUUGUGAAGCAGUAUUUGUCUUUCUUCUCUCUGGUUUUCAGCUUCUUUCUUUGGAGCAGCCUUCUAAUACCACACAGUGGUCUGAUGUCCUUGCCCAAGGGGAGUGUUGGACUCUGAACUGGCAUCACCCUGAAUGCUUGACAGCCUCUGCAAUCCUUUGGCUGAAGUGCAACUUUCAGAAAAAGAAUUCAUGAAUCAGCCAAAGGUUUUUGCCUAUGAUUACUGUUUCUGGUCCAUGGAUGAAUCUCAGAAAGACAAGUUUGCAGGUCAGGAUGUAGUAUUCCAGUGCCUUGGGGAGAGUCUGCUGGACAACGCCUUCAUGGGCUACAACGCCUGCAUCUUUGCUUAUGGACAGACAGGCUCUGGGAAGUCGUACACCAUGAUGGGCUCCGCGGAGCAGCCUGGUCUGAUCCCUCGGCUCUGCAGCUCUUUGUUCAGCAGGACGGUGCAGGAGGCUCGUGAGGGAGAAAGCUUCACUGUGGAGGUCUCCUACAUGGAGAUUUACAACGAGAAGGUCAGAGACCUGCUCGACCCCAAAGGAAGUCGACAGGCUCUGAGAGUGAGAGAACACAAAGUUUUGGGGCCUUAUGUUGACGGCCUGUCCCGCCUGGCUGUGGCCAGCUACAAGGACAUUGAAUCUCUGAUGUCAGAGGGAAAUAAAUCUCGCACAGUGGCGGCCACAAACAUGAACGAAGAGAGCAGCAGAUCACAUGCUGUGUUCAACAUCAUCCUCACACACACACUCAUGGACCUACAGUCUGGGACAAGUGGAGAGAAAGUGAGCAAGCUGAGUCUGGUGGACCUGGCAGGCAGUGAGCGGGCAGCCAAGACUGGAGCAGCAGGGGAACGAUUGAAAGAAGGCAGCAACAUCAAUAAGUCUCUCAGCACUCUGGGUUUGGUUAUCUCGGCCUUGGCUGACCAGGGAGCAGGGACGAACAAGAGCAAGUUUGUUCCAUACAGAGACUCUGUGCUCACCUGGCUGCUGAAGGACAGCCUGGGAGGGAACAGCCGCACAGCUAUGGUCGCCACCAUCAGCCCAGCAGCGGACAAUUACGACGAGACGCUCUCUACCCUGCGUUACGCCGACAGGGCAAAGAACAUCAUCAACCACGCCGUGGUCAACGAAGACCCCAACGCCAGGAUCAUCCGAGAGCUGCGAGACGAAGUGGAGAAGCUGAAGGAGCAGCUCACAGAGGCUGAGUCUAUGAAGGCUCCAGAGCUGAAGGAACGGCUGGAGGAAUCUGAGAAACUGAUCCAAGAAAUGACAGUGACCUGGGAGGAGAAACUCAGGAAGACUGAGGCCGUCGCACAGGAGCGUCAGAGGCAGCUGGAGAGCCUGGGAAUUUCUCUGCAGUCUUCUGGAAUCAGGGUGGUGGAUGACAGGUGUUUCCUCGUCAACCUUAACGCUGACCCUGCUCUCAACGAGCUGCUGGUCUACUACCUGAAGGAGCACACGCGCGUGGGCUCAGCCAAUUCACAGGACAUCCAGUUGUGCGGGAUGGCCAUCCAGACUGAGCACAGCGUCAUCGACAUCACCGAAAACAACUGUGUGGUGCUCACUCCUCACCGCAACGCUCGAACAUGUGUGAAUGGGGCUACAGUUACUAGUCCAACCCAGCUUCAUCAUGGUGACAGAAUUCUGUGGGGUAACAACCACUACUUCAGAAUCAGCUUGCCCAGGCAUAUGGCCCACGCAGGGGGUGAGGAUGAGGAGGGCGGCUCUGCGAUGAAGACAUGUUUGAGCACCGACCGGCUGGGUGAACUCGAUGCGUUCAGCGACGUGUCGAGCGAGCGGAGCUUCAGUUACGAGUCGGCCCAGGCCGAGGUCAUGAUAAAAGGCAUGGGCAGCAAUGACCCCUUACAGUCGGUGUUACAGACCCUGGAGAGGCAGCACGAGGAGGAGAAGCGAUGUGCCCUGGAGCGGCAGAGGCAGAUGUACGAACAGGAGCUGCAGCAGCUCCGUCAGAGACUCACCCCUGAGAAAUCCUCCCACCUCCUCGACGCGUCAGGUCUUCCGGUCAGUGCAGCUGCUGCAGCGUCACCUGCAUCCCACAAACGUAUGCGGCGGUGGAGUGAGGACAGGGAGGCGAUGAUGACUCGCGGCCUGCGGCGCCUGAGGGAGCAGAUAGUUCGGGCCAACCUGCAGGCUCGGGAGGCCAGCUUCAUCGCAGAAGAGCUGAACAAGAGAACAGAGUACCUGGUCACUCUUCAGAUACCUGCCGCUAACCUGGACGCCAACAGAAAGCGUGACGUGGUGCUGAGCGAGCCGGCCAUCCAGGUCCGUCGUAAAGGUAAAGGGAAGCAGAUCUGGGCUCUGGAGAAGAUGGAGAACAGGCUGGUGGACAUGAGGGAACUCUACCAGGAGUGGAAGGACUUCGAUGAAGACAACCCUGCGAUGCGGUCCUAUUUCAAACGUGCCAACCCGUUCUUUGACGAGCAGGAGAACCACAGUCUGAUCGGUGUGGCCAACGUUUUCCUGGCCUGCCUGUUCUACGACGUCAAGCUGCAGUAUGCAGUGCCCAUCAUCAACCAGAAAGGAGAGGUGGCGGGUCGGCUGCACGUGGAGGUGUGGCGGGGUACAGAGGGCUCUGGGGACGAGGGUCCAGGCGAGUCUGACCCUCAGUCGAGCAACACUGACAGAGAUCCACAGGAGCGUAAACUGGACUGUGUGGUGAAAGUCCUCCAGGCCACUGGUCUUCCUCAGCACCUGUCCAACUUUGUCUUCUGCCAGUACCACUUCUGGGGGCAGGAGGAACCUGUGUUCAUCGUUCCAGAGGUGGUGCCGUCCAGCUCAUCAUCUGCCACUCGAGACCCUCAGUGCACUGUGGUCUUCGACCAUGCCAAGGAGCUGUCUGUGCCGGUGUCAGAUGACUUUGUGGAGUUUUUGGCAGAGGGGGCUCUGGCCAUUGGAGUGUACGGUCACAAACAGUCCAACCACCGCAGAAACCUGGCGCUGUGGGACCUGGGAGUAAUUCAAGCCAAGACCAGAUCCCUCAGAGAGAGGUGGAGUGAGGUGACUCGUCGACUGGAGUUGUGGGUGCAGCUGAUGGAGCUGAAUGAGGCCGGAGAGUUCAGAGCAGUGGAGGUUCUUCCUGCCAGAGACAUACGCACUGGAGGAAUCUUCCAGCUUAGACAGGGUCAGUCCCAUCGGGUCCAGGUGGAGGUGCGGUCAGUGCCUGACUCGGGCACCAUGCCUCUCAUCACUGCCUCCAUCCUCUCUGUGUCCAUCGGAGACGUCAAGGUCCGCCAGACGCGUCUCUCCCGAGGCAGCGAAUCACAAUGGGGUGGAGAUGAAGAGAUGGACAGCUAUCACGAGAUAGACCUGGAGAGGAUGAGGGAACAGUGGCUGGUCACACUCACUCAGAGGCAGGAGUAUCUGGACCAGCAGCUACAGAAGAUAGUUUCCAAACCAGAUAAGUCAGAGGACGAUGUUGAAAGGGAGUCCCAGCUGCUGGAGCUUCGUCUGACUCUCACAGAGGAACGAAACGCUGUCCUGGUGCCAUCAGCUGGCAGCGGGAUCCCCGGGGCACCAGCAGAAAGGGUUCCUGUCCCUGGAAUGGAAACACACAUUCCUGUCCUGUUCCUGGAUCUCAGUGCUGACGAUUUCCAGUCCAGUCUUUCGGCCCCGUUGGCCGGGGGCCUGGACGCGUUGCUCAGUGGGGAGGAUGAGGAUGACUUCUUUGACCUUCAUAUUGUUAAACAUUAUGAUCCAGAGGUGAAAGCGGAGGCUUCCUGGGACUCGACAGUCCACGCGUGCCCCCAGCUGAGUCGCGUGGCGUCGGCUGACCAGAGGGUGUAUUUGACAGUCCGCACGGUGGUUCAGCUGAGCCACCCGGCCCACAUGCAGCUGGUCCUCAGGAAACGCAUCUGCGUCAGUGUCAUCGGGAAACAGGGUUUUGCCCAGAGUCUGCUGAAGAGGAUGUCUCAGCGCAGCACCAUCCCAGGCUGUGGAGUCACGUUCGAAAUCGUCUCUAACAUCCCAGGGGACAUCCAUGGUCCAGAGGACAGGGAGAUGUUGGCCAGGCUAGCUGCCAGCGCUGAGGGCGACCAGUCAGCUGACAGUGAGGCGGCCAUAGAGAAAUACCUCCGUAGCGUCCUGGCUGUGGAGAACAUCCUCACGCUGGACCGUCUCAGACAGGAGGUGGCUGUGAGGGAACAGCUGGCAGUCAGAGGGAAACCUCCCAAACGCUGCCUGAGCUCUCCAAACAUCAACCAGCUGUCAGCCAGCAGUCUGGAUCUCUGCUCCUCCUCCCAUCAGCCCAGUCACUUCUAUAGCUGGAAGAGCCACCAGGACCUUUCUGUGGUUCCUCCUCCACCCAGACGCACAUUGCCCAGUUCCCUGUCCCAGAACCUGAGCCCAGAAACAGCGCAUUCAGGCUUUGCUGCGUCUUAUCUCCCUCCAGUGAAGGCCGUGCCCAAGCUGCUGAAGUCACUGCUUCCUGGUGGGAAGGAAGAUAGUAGAGACCAGACAGCUGUCCAUCAGCAGAACGUGCCGCGCAUCAUGGUGCAGUCGGCCAGUGUUGAAGACGGCAUGAGCAAACACCAGCAGCCAGUUCCCAUAGAGGAAAUCAUUCCUGCCGACAUCCAAACAGAGAUCCCCAGAUCCAUGCCCCUCCCACCGCCAAUCAUCCUGGAAACGGAAGUAUCCACCCCCAGCCCUGUGAGCGAAGCUUCCAGUGGUUACAUGUCGACCAGCUUGUCUACAGUAACGCUGUCAGAGGUCUACACGUUGAGCUGGGACCUGCCUCAGUCAGCCGGCUUUGAAAUGGUGCCAGAUGAAGAGGAGGAGGACAUUAAAAUGGCACAAUUUGACACUGAUCCUCAGUCUUUACUUGCGGACCAAUCAGAGCCUCAGGAGUCAUCAUUGCGGGUUGUAAACGGCGAGGCGGCCGCAGAGAGGACUGACGUACCACUGUCUGAACCAGAUGAUACUCCAUCAGAUUCUAAUCUGAGUCAACAGGAACCAAGUCAGUCUCCUUCAGUCCGGUUGAAGGAUCAAGGAGAACUUGAUCCAGCUGUAGAGUCAGGCUUAUCAGGUGAGACCAGACAAAAACGAGACUCAACAGCUGACCAGAUUGGAUUAGAGAGUUCUGAGCCAGUCAGAGACUCAGUGGUAGUACAGGACGGGGAAACCAAACAGGCACAAUUAUUGCAAACAGACCACUCAAAAUCAGAGACCGCCGUGACAGGAGAACUCGAGCUACCUGCCCCAGGCCAGACACAAGCUGAAACGUCACUCCUUGAUGAAACACAAGCGUCUGCACAGAAAGUUCAAACUCAAGUGGAAACGACACUCCCACAGCCUCAGCAGCCCAAACAAGACAGGGCCCAAGAUCCAGCUCCAAACCUGAUCUCAACUUUGUCUGGAGACUCAGCUCCUGCUCCAGGAUCACCUGGAGACUCAGCUCCUGCUCCAGAACCUCCUGAAGACUCAGCUCUUCAAGCUUCAUCAGAGGAACAAUCAGCUCCCGAGGCCUCAGACCCAAACAGCUCCUCCAUCCUGAUCUCAUCCUCAGCGACACAUGAGGUCCAACAGGAACCAUCUGCCGAUGAAUCUGUGAAAGCUCCCACUCCUCUGUCCAACAUUCAGCCUUCCAAACCCGCUGCCUCAGCAGCCAACCCCUUCAAGAUUCAGAAGGUAAAGUCUUCAGAACUCAAGUCCUUUCAUGGUAUACUGGGUGAGGAGGACACCGGGCACGUGGACCGGGCCAGCAGCCUUGGAGCAGCUCUCAACCUCUCUGUGCCGAUGGAAAGUCUGGAAAUUAUCUCGGACUCUGAGGAGGGAGAUGCAUCUGCUGCUACUGUUCUUCCUAAGUGGUUGAAAGAAGGGGAGUUUGUGACCGUGGGGACCAAUAAGAGUGGUACUGUGCGAUAUGUGGGACCCACAGAUUUUGCAGAGGGUACCUGGGUGGGAGUGGAACUGGAGGUACCAGCAGGAAAGAAUGAUGGCUCAGUGGGCGGUAAGCACUACUUCCACUGUAACCCCGGUUAUGGAGUACUGGUAAAGCCAGACAGAGUGACCCGCGGCGGGGCCAAACGCAGACGCCAGCAGCAACAGCAAAAGAGCCGUAGUGCCAACCUGUCUGGAUCCAGUCCGAACCUGGCAGCCCUCACCGCUCUGGCCAAAGGUGAAGCCGGUGCAGCAUCAGGCAGCCGCAGCAGCAGAGGAGAGAACCGCAAGUCCUGGAACACUUGACGUUCCCCGGCUUCUGCUAAACGGUUAAUUGCUAGACACCCACUCAGCCGUCACCCAGCAGCCCGGCUGAUGUGAUUAUAGGGUAAGUUUUCACAGACAGAGCGACACAACCGUGUUUUACUUGGCCAGAUUUACCACAGACUUCACUGUAAAUUUUGGCAACGCAAGAUGAGUCACUCCUCGCUCCUCUGUUGGGAGAGGGAAACGAUCAGAUAUUAAUAUUUUAUCCUCUGUUAAACAGCUGUAUUACUGCUUUUUUUUACCACCUGAUGUUCUUAGUGGUUGGAAACGUCAGAGAAACAUUGAAUGUCUUAUCAGAAAAUGUGAAUGUCUUAGGUAUGAACCUGCAUUUUAAAGGUAUUAUCUGUAACACCCAGAAAACCCUUGGUAUUAAUGACACUGGUGGCUGUUGAGUGAACUGCAGUCUGCAGUGCUGGUUGCUUGUUGACACUGGCACAGACUCUAUUUCUAAGCUAACAUUAGCUUGUGUUGCACAUUGUUGGUGCUGUAGGACAGUGGUGCAGAGGCACUGAGGCCAGGCACUCUGAAGCCACAGCGAAAUGUCACAGCGAUUAAAGAAAACAGUGAUUAACACAUGGAAACAGCUUCACAUUCUCACA